CAUAACUGUUGGCGCACCGUGGUUGGGGCCAGCAACGCCUAGCCGUGCCAGGCUGGCACCAAGACGCUGGGCCAACCUGGGCACACGCACGCGAUCCACCAUCUUGACAGGCGGUCGGUGUAAUGGCGACGCAACUGUUGGCUUGCAGCUUUGGAGCAUGUCGGGCGGUUGGGGGAGGCGGCCUCUUGGAAGGCGAGACGUGGAUCUGUGAUCUUGGCUGCUGGCGCAGCAGCAGCGCCGCGUAUGAGAGAAGGCAUCUGAUGCUCGUGAUGCCCGGGAGGCCCACGGGCGGGCGCGGUCUGGACGGCGGAUACGGAGUACGGCGGGCUUGCUCACGGGGAGCGCAGUCAGGUGGUGGCGAUUAGCUCAGCAGGCCAGAUGGCGCGGCUGGAGAGGGAUCCUGAUGGCGCGCGCUGUCAGCUGUCCGAAUGUCAUGGUAUGGUGGUGUGCAUGGAAUUAUGCUGGUAGUGCUGGUAGACAGGCGGGCGGAGAUUGCUGUGAGACGUGCACUCAAGCAAGCCCGUUACGCAGGCCCAACGUGGCAGGAGCAACGAGUCUUGGAAUGGGAGCCUCUUGGCUUGGCCACCGAGGCUGUGCCUGCCCCUUCGCCGCUUGGCCGCCUGGGCACUCACUCUCACCUCCGUGCCUGC